AUAUAGUUUAAUAACUACGCGUUAUUUACGUGUACAAGUAUUGCAGAACUUACGAGAAGUAUCAAGGUAUUUAAUAAGCAAGUACUCAAGUACUGAUUUAUAUAUUAUAUACAUAAGUAUAGAAAUAUAUUCUCUCGUGGCUCUAGUCGGUGGUGGUUGACGUGGUAGUGCGGUAGUGUAAUGCAUAAUGUGUGAUAAUUGUAUACAAACUAAUUUGUAAUUAGUACAGUAUACUGCAGUCUCUGUACGACAGUGCGUGUAUCCCCUUGCAAAACGAAUACAAAAAAAAAAAAAAAAUACACGUGUAAGUAAAUGUAGAGAUAAAAAAAGAGGUGAACGCCAUUCGUUCGAACUGCAGACUGCAGAUCCAAUUUUCAGUCACUUUAUCUCUCUCUGCACGUAACAUAAAGAUAAAAGGCACCGAUUACACCAACACCAUAGGUAGAAAGAGGUGCAUCGGCGUGCAAAAAAAAAAAAAAAAUCAAUCGAUCCCCCUCAUGCUUGUAUAGCCCUGACCUUAAGACCAUCGUCUCACUGGUGGUGCAUAUAAAUAUAUUAUGCGACUGCUGUCAGCUGCAGCAGCAGUAAUAGUCCGGACGGUUUCGCGAGCCCCCGUUGUCAUGGCAGACGUUAGCAUGAACACCUCAAACUUCAAUGGUAAGAUCAACGGUGUCGAGGGCAAGACUUUUCUGAUCGGCGUGGCUGGUGGUACAGCCAGUGGAAAGUCAACAGUAUGUAAAAGGAUUAUGGAAAAACUUGGCCAAGUUGACAAGGAUCACACAGAAAGACAAGUUGUAUGCAUAUCUCAGGACAGUUUUUACAAAGAUUUGACACCCGCGGAAAAAAUAAAAGCCGAAAAGGGACAAUAUAAUUUUGAUCAUCCAGAUGCGUUUGACAAUGAUCUGAUCCUCAAAUCACUCCAAGAUAUCCUAGCAGGAAACAAAUGUGAAAUUCCAGCUUAUGAUUACAGGACAAACAGUAUAAUAAAAGAUCAGAUCACGACGAUUUAUCCGGCCGACGUUGUGCUGUUUGAAGGGAUAUUAGUCUUUUAUUUUCCAAAGAUAAGGGAUCUCUUUCACAUGAAGCUUUUUGUUGACACUGAUUCCGACACUAGAUUAGCCAGACGAGUGCCUCGAGAUAUCAUUGAAAGAGGACGAGAUUUAGACUAUGUCCUUAAUCAAUACAUGAAUUUCGUAAAGCCAGCAUUUGAGGAGUUUUGCUUGCCAACAAAAAAAUUUUCUGACGUCAUUAUCCCACGAGGAGCAGAUAAUACAGUGGCCAUUGAUUUAAUUGUCCAGCACAUAAAAGAUUUUCUAAGCAACCGCGGUAGGGAAAUUAUGGAACCUGAAAGUCCUAUACGUUCUGAUGGAACAUUGAAGAGACCACAUUGAUGUUGCUAUAAAAAAAAAAAUGUUUAAAUGCGCAAAAGCUUACAUAGAACGAUUGAAGAAAAAAAAA